AGCUGACAUACAGAGGUCGCCACAGCAACACCUAACAGCAGGUCGUAGCAAGCUGGCUACUAUUAGGGCUCAAACACCGUAACAAAGUCACAGGUGUAAACAAUGAGCGAUAACGACAAGGGAUAUGGCGAGCGGGAGUCUCGCUCUGGAUCCAGGAGCUUGAGUCCACAGGGCUCAGGGAAGUCAGCAAGCCGCUCCCCGGCUCGUUCCCCUGCACGUUCAAAAGAAGGAUCUCGCCACUCCCACUCCAGAUCGCGAUCUCGUUCUAGGUCAAAAUCUAGUAUUUAUUUUUUCUUUUUCAGGUCACAUUCCCGCCAUGGCUCACGCAGACACUACAGCCAUUCUCGCUCCCGCUCGAGGUCCUAUCACCGCAGAUCUCACAGCAGGUCCUACAGUGGAGAGCGCCGACGCAGGAGCCACAGCCGCUCACCGAUGUCUAACCGCCGCAGACACAUCGGCAACCGCGCUAAUCCUGAUCCAAACUGCUGCCUGGGAGUGUUUGGCCUGAGCUUGUACACCACAGAGAGGGAUCUGAGGGACGUUUUCUCUAAAUACGGCCCUUUGGCAGAUGUUUCUAUCGUGUAUGACCAGCAGUCAAGGCGGUCCAGGGGCUUUUCUUUUGUUUACUUUGAGAACAAAGAAGACGCUAAGGAGGCAAAGGAACGAGCCAAUGGUAUGGAGCUGGAUGGUCGUAGGAUCAGGGUUGACUUCUCCAUCACAAAGAGACCUCACACACCAACUCCUGGAAUCUACAUGGGCCGGCCAACAUAUGGUGGAGGUGGUCCUAGUGGUCCUCGGCGUAAUUCACGGGACUGCGACCGAGGAUAUGACCGAGGAUACGACAGAGGAGGUUAUGAUCGCUAUGACGACAGGGAGUACUACAGAUCAUACAGGUGUGUGAUUUACACACACAUUAGCUCUAAACUUUUCCCUUUUGUUUAUAUUUUAAACUGCUGGUGUUGUCUUGUUUCAGAAGGCGAUCUCCGUCUCCGUACUACAGAGGGGCUUACAGGUCUCGCUCCAGAUCACGGUCUUACUCUCCCCGUCGCUAUUGAAAGUCCUCUCCUCUUUCCAAAGCUCAGAGUGGAAGUAUUUCUGAUUGGUUUGAUUGAUCGGCUUUCUUAAGGUGAUCAUCACACCUCUCUUUGCUUGUGUAAGUGAGUAGUUAACUUAUCCUGAGAUCAGUUGUGAAGCAAUGUCAUUGAGAUGCACUAAGCUGUCCCCUCUUGUUUUUAAUUUAAAUGUAUGGCUGGUAUCAGCCAUUAUCAAUAUGUUAAUGUUUGAAUUUUUGUAAGCAUAUUCAGUGUAAAUUCAUCUUGAACAUAUUAAAGGAAAAUGCCUAUUUUCA